AUGGAUAGCAUACAGCUCUUCGAAUUCAUUCAGAGUGAGGAAGACGAUAGCAAAAUCCUAAAGCAACUCAAGAAGCAUGUUAGCAAAGGCAGGAAAUUACCAUGGUUUCAGGAUGUGAUUCCAGGACUGAUACCAGGCGUCGAAGACAGCCAGCGAUGGCUGGAUCUCGCACGACAGUUGCUAUGGACAGAUUUGCAGUAUGAAGAGCACGAAAAGAAGCUCGAUUAUACGACGAAGUUGCGACAACCUGAUCCUAUCCUCGUGCCAGAUCCCUAUCGUCUUCAGAAAUGUUGGCCAGUCUUCAUCGAAGCCUUACGACCGAUGCCGAAGAGGAUGUCUGCAGCGGCUAAUGACAUCUACCGUAUAGUAGCCGGACAAGAGUGCUUGGUUGAGGACCGCAAUGUGGCUGGACUCACCAGUGCGAUUGACGACAAGCACUCCGCUUUCGUGACCGUCGCAGUGGUCAUGCAAGACAAGAUUGUUAGUCCUAUCAUUAGUGAUAUCGAGUGGCGACAGCAAAACCUCGAUAAAGAUAUUCGUCGCGCGCACGAUCAGAUACGAGAGCUUGUAGAUGGAGAUGGACAUGAUGAAGACGGACAUGAGGGAGACGAGCGAAGCCCCGACGAAAACGGCGAAAACAACGGAAACGACCACGACUAUACGGAUAACGAAGACGUCAACAAUGUUGGUGAUGGUGAAGGCGACGUACAAGAUCUGCAACAACGACUAGAUCGUCUCAUCAAAGAGAAACAGGAAACUCAAGUGCUAUACAACGCUCUCAGGAGAUUUCGAGAUAUGCUUGUGGAAGAGAGGGAGAUGCGGGACUCUCGCAAGGAUUUGAAGAGGCCCUUAUUCAUUGAGCUGUCAGACUCCGACGAAGACAUGUCAAAGAAGCGCGGCAAUUAG